AGUGAAAACUGAUUGGUGCUCCAUGAAAUAUUCAUCACGUGAUAAUCUUUCUUGUUUAAAUGAGAUCCUUUCACUUUUUGAACCCUUUCCCCACUCUCUUUUCUUCUUUUUUUCCUCUUGGGUCUUCAGACAUAUGAAAUCUAGCUUGAUUGAGAUGGUUACAGCUUGAUGAUAUGGGUGCUUUUAAUAAGAAACGAGGAUUUAUAUCUUUACAAACAUAAUUUAAAAUGUGUGAUUCUUCUGGGGAUGCUAAGUUAGAAAAGUUGAUGAUAAUUAGUUUUUCCUUUCCAUUGUACCCUCCCAGAAGGAUGAGAAAAAGAGAUUUUUGCGGCAAAGUUAACUCUACUUCUUAGUUUAUCCCUAUUAUUAAAAGAGAGUGGGAACGGUACAUAUUAUUGAUUUUAUUUCGUUGAAGAUACUCAAACUCAAAGUCCUUAGAGAAGGUCAGUACUUUCCUUUUCAUUAAAUUAAGCUGGAAAAAAAGAUGAACAACUUUCUCGGCAUGAUGUUGACCAGUGCCCCGGUUUAACUCUAGGCACGUACUGAAGGAAAACGAAAUGAACACACUUUUUACAGGAGCUGGGAGCAUUCUCAUACAACAGGGCAUUCGACCAUGUGAGAUCAGUGGGUACAUCAUGGCCCAAGAUUCACCUACCUAGGCCAACUUAACUUGUCAUAAAAGAAGUGGUGGGCCAUGACAUGGAUGCCCCUCUGUCUCAUUAUUUCAUAUACACAGGCCACAAUUCAUAUCUAACCGGCAAUCAGAUAAGCAGCAAUUGCAGCGAUGUUCCGAUCAUCAAAGCGCUCGAGAGAGGCGUUAGAGUGAUUGAAUUGGAUAUAUGGCCAAAUUCAUCUAAGGACAACAUCGAUGUUCUUCAUGGAGGGACUUUAACCACUCCAGUGGAACUUAUAAAGUGCCUGAGGUCUAUUAAGGAGCAUGCGUUCGUCGCGUCUGAGUAUCCGGUCAUCAUAACCUUGGAAGAUCACAUCACUCCGGAACUUCAGGCCAAAGUGGCCGAGAUGGUCACUCAAACCUAUGGAGACAUGCUGUUUUGUCCCGGAUCGGAAGUUUUAAAGGAAUUUCCUUCUCCGGAGUCGCUCAAGAAGCAUAUCAUAAUAUCAACAAAACCUCCUAAGAAGUAUCUUGAGGCCCAGGAAAUCAAGGAAAAGGAAAUUAAACAGCAAAAGAGCAAGGCCUCAACCGAUGAAGAGGCUUGGGGAAAAGAAUUACCUGAACUCAAAGGCGGGGACUCUGUAGCUGGUGAUUCGAAUGAUUCAGAUGAAGAAGACAAUAAUCACGAGGAAGUACUGGACGACGGUGAUAAAGCACAAAGCGAUGUGAUGCCGGGAUAUGUGAGGCUCAUAGCUAUCCAUGCCAUGAGACGAAAGGGUGAAUUGAAAGAUUACCUGAGGGUGAAUCCUGAUAAAGUAACGCGCCUGAGCUUAAACGAGCAAAAGCUUGAAAAAGCAGUCGCUGCCCAUGGGAAAGACCUUAUCAGGUUUACCCAGAGGAACUUGCUGAGGGUAUUCCCGAAGUCCACGCGUUUUGACUCGUCGAACUACAAUCCAAUGAUCGGAUGGAGGUACGGAGCUCAAAUGGUUGCACUCAACAUGCAGGGACAUGGAAGACCACUCUGGUUAAUGCAUGGAAUGUUCAGAGCAAAUGGUGGUUGCGGUUAUGUCAAGAAACCAGAAUUCCUAAUGAAAUCUGGCCCGGACAAUGAGGUUUUCGAUCCCAAGGCCAAACUUCCGGUGAAAACAACUUUGAAAGUGACUGUGUAUAUGGGAGAAGGAUGGUACUACGAUUUUCAUUGUACGCAUUUUGACGCAUACUCACCCCCGGAUUUUUACGCCCGGGUAGGAAUUGCCGGAGUUCCAGCGGAUACUGGCAUGAAGAGAACGAAAACGUGGGAAGACAAUUGGACACCGGCUUGGAACGAAGAAUUCGAGUUCCCUUUAACUGUUCCGGAACUGGCUUUACUUCGGAUCGAAGUUCAUGAGUAUGACGUUUCGGAAAAGGAUGACUUUGGAGGCCAAACGUGCCUACCGGUGUGGGAGCUGCGAAGAGGGAUACGAUCGGUUCCGCUCCAUAACUACGAGGGAGAGAAGUAUCCAUCCGUGAGGCUUCUUAUGCGCUUCGAGUUCUUUUGAAUAUGUUGCCAGAAUCACCGGUAAAUAUGACUUGGUUUGUGUGAAACUUUCCUGAAAUGUUUGAUAGUUGACAUGAACGUGGUACCCUACGUGAUCAUGAACUAUUGAACAAGGCAUUUUAGAUUAAAUAAAAGUUUAGAGAUCAUUUCUAUCA